UAACAGGAACAAGAGAAAAAAAUAGAGGGGAGAGAGAGCGAGAGGGUGUACAAGUUAUCUGAGCUCGGAGCUCUCACAAAUCACUUUUUUGAACAGCAAGCUCUGACAGGCAGCCGGGGGAAACAGAGCAGAGACAAAAGAAAGGUGUGAGUAGGGACCUGUGUCAGAGGAGACUCCAAGGGAGAAGGUGUGAAGGAGCAGUAGAGAGCAUAAACGAGGUGACACCAGUGGAUGGACGGAGGAAAAGCUGCGCUCCAGUUCCUCCUGCUACUGCCGGAGUUUUCUGCUGCUGUGUCCGGAUGGUUCUGUCUCGUAAGGAGAAGGUGUGUCUGAUUCCUGAGAACUUUCCCUCCGGGACAGGGUUACCUUGAGACUGACACUCUUGAGCUUCGGAUCAUAGGCCUGUUUGCACUUCUUUUAUCUCUGACGCAGUGUGCACUUGCAGAUGAUUCCUUUGCGUUAUCAUGAGAGCAGAUAGAGAGGCAGCUGGCGUGACAUUGAGCCGGGCGCGUUGAAAGCUGGUUUAAUGCAGCUGCGCUCAGAUCACAUGCUAUUAUUUGUAAAAAGAGGUAGUCAGAGCUGAGAGUAAUCCAUGUUUGUCACAUGUUUUUCUGCAUAAACAACCCUACUGCUACUUUAGGGUGUGUAUUUCUCUUUUAAAAGUCUUUUGAGAAUACUUAUUUGAUAUUUAAUCCACCCAGAAAAGUAAUUUGUUGACUUUUGGAUGGUACAGAAAGGACAAAAGGCUGUGGCAGGUUAUUAGCUUCUAGGCACAGAAAGUGAGUAAGUCAGUGUCUGCCAGCACUCGUAAUCAUUUUCACUCAUUGGGCCUCAGCUCUACUCACAUUUGCUCCCUUUGCCUCCGGGGACAUGUAAUAAGAGACUGCUUACUGAGCAAUACGGCACAGAGCUGACACGUGGAGAGGUAUAAACUUGCUCUGAGUAAGACAGGAUUACGCUAAAUAUUGCAGGUGGAGGACCGAAAAUCACGAUCUGGUCUGCUAAUACAGAAGCAAAGACUACUGAGCUGUCAGACUGUUUCUGACGGAUGGGUGUUGGAGAAGUCAUGCGAGUGUUUGCGGGGCUUUCUAUGCUUGGAUGAGCUUUAUUUAGCUUUUGACAGCUCUGCUCUGGACUGGCUUCACAGUGCGGAUCGUCAUUGGGUUACCUCUGUAGCUGACUCAGAGACUGGCUUAACUCUCGCCGUCUGCCUGCCCACUCUGAUUCUCUCUACCUGCCUUUAUGCAAACAAGGCGAGUGUUAGGUGGUUUUCUCUGCAGUAUAGGGACAGCCGGGGCACUUUUUGGACUCUCCACACUGCUGUAAUUGUUCUGUUGUGUGUAAACACCUUGCGUCAGUCACACCUCUCCUCUGGAGUGAUUCACUAUUCCCAAAGCAUCCCUGACUGGAGGCAGGCAGCAAAAGAAAAAGGUGAGGCAGGAUUUGCUAAUGCUCAAAGUGCAGAAGGUGCUGAGUUGUAAAGUUGUUACAAUGAAGCUGGGAUUCUUGCUGCUGAUGGCCCUGCACAUGCUGGAGAACGUGUCCAGUAUGUCCACAUGUAAGACUGUGGACUUGGAGAUAGUGAGGCAAAAGCGCAUCGAGGCUAUUAGGAGCCAGAUCCUCAGCAAACUGCGUUUGCCUAAAGCUCCUGAGCCAGAAGAAGCUGGAGACAAGGAGGAUAUCCCCACCACCCUGCUGUCCCUCUACAACAGCACCAAGGACAUGCUGGAGGAGCAACAGAUCGAGGUCCAGAAUACCAUCUCCCCAGAGCAGGAGGAGGAAGAGUACUUCGCCAAAGUGCUGAACAAGUUCAACAUGACGCGCUCAAAUGAAAUGGAGAGGACCAGAACGAUGUUCUUCAACAUUACAGAGAUCCGUGACAGUGUGGGGGAUUCCCACCUGCUCACCACUGCAGAGCUGCGGAUGCUCAUCCAGAAGACGUCCAUAGAGAAAGAGCAGCGCGUGGAGCUGUACUACAGCGCCGGAGCCUCGUUCCGUUACCACGCCUCCCGCUUCCUGACCAACGCGUUCAACGAUAAAUGGCUCUCCUUUGACGUCACCGAGCCUCUGCAGCAGUGGCUCAAGGACAAAGAGGAUGAGCAGAAGUUCGAACUACGCGUGUUCUGUGAAUGCGAGCAGCAGACAGCCGCCACGUUCAACUUCUUCGUGUCGGGAUUGAGGAGUAUGCGAGGAGACAAAGCGACCUUGGAGACGAUAGUCAAGCAGCCGCCGUACAUCCUGACGAUGUCCAUCCCGAAGAACAUGAGCAGCCACCUCACGUCGCGCAAGAAGCGCUCCACCAGCGGACAGGAGACCUGCACAGCGCAAACGGAGAACUGCUGCGUGAGGAGUUUGUACAUCGACUUCAGGAAAGAUCUGGGCUGGAAAUGGAUACACAAGCCCACAGGCUACCUGGCUAACUACUGCAUGGGGUCAUGCACGUACAUCUGGAACGCCGAAAACAAAUAUUCCCAGAUUUUGGCUCUGUAUAAACAUCACAACCCGGGAGCGUCCGCCCAGCCGUGCUGCGUUCCCCAGACGCUGGAGCCGCUGCCGAUCCUCUACUACGUGGGAAGGCAACACCGGGUGGACCAGCUGUCCAACAUGAUUGUUAAGUCCUGCAAGUGCAGCUAAAGACACUCGGUGGCACAACGCUCUGCGUCUUCUGGAAACAAACAACAAUGGAGAAGAUUGUUUUGAUGCCACAGAAAGGACAAUGUGAUCGUUUGAAGUGGAUCUCCAGCGCUUUUUUUUUUUUUCUGGAAGUCUGUCCAUUAAAAUAAUCAAUAUUUUUUAUGUAUUUCUAUUCAGAAAUACCCCCCACCCCCCACAAAAAAAAAGAUUUCCCCUAGCAUAAUUUAAUUUAUUUGUUGUAGAACUGUCUCAGCUGGAGAUGAAAAAUGGCUUCUUACUCAAAGUUUGAACAGGAAAAACAAAAACAAAAAAAGCGCAG